AUGAGCAGCGUGCGCGAACGCGGCGACGUCACGCAGUCUACUCGCUAUGGUUCGAAACUACAGCACCAAGACAGGACAGGAAGCGCGCGGGCGCUGGGCGCGGGCGCUGCGCGCUGCGCGCGGCGCGCGUAUGCCGCGCUCUCGCUGGGCGAAACGACAGAGCUGUGGGAUAGCAAAUGUAAGGAAUAUUAUAACAAAAAAUUACGCGAAGAGCUAUGGGAUGAAAUAACCAAGAAUUUUAAUUUGCCUAAGCACAUAUUAAAGGCGAAGUAUACAAAUCUGGCGAGCACGUACAGGGGGGAGAGGAGUCGAGAGAAAUCAAGCGUUUAUAGUAAAUCAGGUGCUAAACGUCAGUCGGCGUACAAGUCCAAAUGGUUUGCAUACGAUGCAUUUAAUUUCUUAAACGAACAUAGUUAUAUUGUCGCGCGCUCCCCUACUAGUGCAGCGGUUAUACCGGAGGUCCGGCUAAGAUUACUAGAGCCCCAGAACGUCCAGGUAACGACUGCAAGUCGGAUUAAAUAUUCGUGUAGAAGCGGGCAUAGACUGCAGCCAGGCGAGCGCUCACACAGUGAUGUAACGCGGCCACUCGCCGAGCGGCCCGCGAGCGAGCGAGCGCACACGAGCGGCUCCGAGCAGCGCCGAGCCGGCGUAGUACUGCUCGCGGCGCGGCUGAGCGAGCCUGUGCCGGGCUGUUGCGUUCGUGCUCGCUGCUCGCUCGCUCUCUAA